CAUCAUCGCAUCCGCCUGUGCGUGUCCGCAGUGAUGUUGGCGUAGAGCGGAGACGGAGGUUUGUUUUUCACACCGUUUGCUGUGGGCAAAAUGUUGGCCAAUUCGGUCGUUCCGGGUGCGUGAAACAUGCGUUGGAAAGUGAACUAACCGCUGGCAGAACGACACGCAACCACGAACGGCUGUUCACCAUUGCACCCGCUUGCAGGGCAUCGUUCCUACAUCGCUCACCUGUAGCAUUCUUUGCUGCAAAUGGUGCGCGUGAAUGAAAAGGUUCCGUGUUUUGUUCACGAUCACCGUUCCGUACGCACCCGCGGAUGUUGUGCUUAAACACAACAACGACGGAAGUUUUGUUCGCGUACGCCACCAUCCUGUGUUUGUGUUUUGCUUUUGACGCUGGAUUGUUCGCCUGCAUGUGCAUUUGGCGAAAGAUUCGGGAAAAAUACCAUUUACAGCCCGCUUCUGUCACGAGCCGCUGCAUUUGUUGCCACCCAAUCCCGGUUGGAUGUGGUAUGUGAUUCGGGAAGUUGCGCUCCCCCAGUAAGGGACGGCCAGGAGUUAUAAAGGGGUGAUGUACUACGUACCUCGGUCGUUCGCAUUGAUUUGUGUUCGCUUGUGACUCCACCCGCUGCCCAUCAACAUGACAACUAACCGACUGCACAAGGUGUUCCUGUACAGCCUGGCCAUCUCGCUCAUUGCCAUCUUCAUAACGCUCGCCAGCAAAGUGUUCCCGAUCGCCAACUUGCCCCUCAGCACGAAUCUGAUCAUCGUUGGCACCUGUCUUGCAAACUUUGCGUCCGUCGUAGCGCUGAUUGUCGGCAUCGUAACGCGCCGACCACGAUUGGUGAAGAUCGUUAAGAUCUUUAGCUACGUACAGCUGGGUGCUAUUUUUGUACUGAUCUGCCUUGCCGCCGCCCUGCUCUACUUCGUUAAGGUGGAUGUGGAGCACAGCGUGGAACCGGUAGUGCGACAGAAGUCGUGACGGAGUCGUUGACCGGAGAGCUGGAUGCUGCCCGAGAUGAAUUACGCGGGAUGCGGGCAGCUGGCGACGAUCUUCUGAGUGUGUGAGAUGAUCUGUAUAAAUAUAUAUAUCUAUACGCAAUAGGCAUGGCAAUAAAUAAUGUUUCCAUGACAGAAUGAAGUGAAUGUCGUGGCGCUGUUGUACGAUCGUCGGUUUUGUUUUCAGUUUAUCGAAAUUUUAGUCACACGUUUUUUGUUUUGUGUUAUGUCAAUCCAAUGGGUUCAUUUUACAUGUGAUUGUAGUUCCUAUAAUAAGGUACUAUAAU